AAUUACGGAGUAUAAUAAUAAUAAUAAAAAACUCCGAAUCCGCCGCGCGCGCCCCGUCCUCGUCGCCGGCGGAGGCGCCCGCCACCGCCCACAGCAGCCUAUCGCCGGAGAAGGAACGCCGCGGGGAGCUUUUCCACUGCCAUCUCCCGUCUGACCCCUCCGAGAUCGGAAGCGGCGGCCAUGGCGAUCCCGCUCGUGCUCGUCGUGCUCCCGCUCGGCCUCCUCUUCCUCCUGUCCGGCCUCAUCGUCAACACCAUCCAGGCCAUCCUAUUUGUGACAAUAAGGCCCUUUUCCAAGAGCUUGUAUCGCCGGAUCAACAGGUUCUUGGCCGAGCUGCUGUGGCUCCAGCUUGUCUGGGUGGUGGACUGGUGGGCAGGCGUUAAGGUACAACUACAUGCGGAUGAGGAAACUUACCGAUCAAUGGGUAAAGAGCAUGCACUCGUCAUAUCAAAUCAUCGAAGUGAUAUUGAUUGGCUUAUUGGAUGGAUAUUGGCCCAGCGCUCAGGGUGCCUUGGAAGUACGCUCGCUGUCAUGAAGAAGUCAUCCAAGUUCCUUCCAGUCAUUGGCUGGUCAAUGUGGUUUGCAGAGUACCUCUUUUUGGAGAGGAGCUGGGCCAAGGAUGAAAAGACACUAAAGUGGGGUCUCCAAAGGUUGAAAGACUUCCCUAGACCAUUUUGGCUAGCUCUUUUUGUUGAGGGUACUCGCUUUACUCCAGCAAAGCUUCUCGCAGCUCAGGAGUAUGCGGCUUCCCAGGGCUUACCAGCUCCUAGAAAUGUACUUAUUCCACGUACCAAGGGAUUUGUAUCUGCCGUAAGUAUUAUGCGAGAUUUUGUUCCAGCCAUUUACGAUACAACUGUAAUAGUUCCUAAAGAUUCCCCUCAACCAACAAUGCUGCGGAUUUUGAAAGGGCAAUCAUCAGUGAUACAUGUCCGCAUGAAACGUCAUGCAAUGAGUGAGAUGCCAAAAUCAGAUGAUGACGUUUCAAAAUGGUGUAAAGACAUUUUUGUGGCAAAGGAUGCCUUACUGGACAAACAUUUGGCAACAGGCACUUUCGAUGAGGAGAUUAGACCUAUCGGCCGCCCAGUGAAAUCAUUGCUGGUGACCCUGUUUUGGUCGUGCCUCCUGUUGUUUGGUGCCAUCGAGUUCUUCAAGUGGACGCAGCUCCUAUCGACAUGGAGAGGAGUGGCAUUCACUGCCGCAGGGAUGGCGCUCGUGACAGGGCUCAUGCACGUCUUCAUCAUGUUCUCCCAGGCUGAGCGGUCGAGCUCAGCCAAGGCGGCACGGAACCGGGUCAAGAAGGAAUGAAAACGGAGGGUGGAAAUGUGAUUCUGGGCUCUAUUUAUGGGCAGCUUUCAAAAUGACUCGAUUCAUAUUAAUGUAUACAGCACCAAAUUCCAGACAGAAACAGGAUGCUCUGCUCCUCUUGUAUUUGUGUGCAGGAAAGAAUUUUAGGGAGUUCAUUUUUGCCCCCCUCUUUUGGGCAGAGGAACUGUAGGACAUGAACUUGAUGUUGGUACAUUUGCCCUGUAGACAUUCUGGAAGCCUUUCAGUAGUUCAUUUAUCAGUAAAGCUUGCAUCUUUCAUCC